UACAUAUCAAUAGAACAUUCCUACAGUUUUACCUGUUACUGGCACGAAUCGUACACACAAACCGUAAAUAUUAUUUUAGAAAUUAAAAUUCACAUAAAUAUUAACAGUGCGACUAUAAAUUUUAGAACAACAUAAAUAAAAUGGCAUUUAUUUUGGAGAGAACAGUUUUUUAUCGAUUAAAAUAAUGUUAUAAAUUGAUAAAGUGUGUUGUGGAAUCGACUAAAUUUUAGUGGUGUGCAAAAUAUAAACAAAGUUUUAAAAUUGGAACAUAACAGGUACUAAAAAGAAUAUUUAUUUUGUGAUGGAAACUUGUAUCGUGUGUUGGAGAAUAAAAGUGAAAAGCAUAACAAUAAAGUUGCGAGUGUAGGUGAGUUUAUUUUAUUGAUAACGUUAUAAGUAUUGGCAGGAGCAGACUCAUUCAUUGAUCACUUCUAAUCUCACGGCUCCGACAGCUGCGGUAAGAAGCCGAAAGACCCACUUCAGAUGACAUAAAGCCGGACCAAUGAGCUGGUGCGAGGCGAGGGGGCGGGGCCUCACGAUGCGCGGUGAAUGAUGCCCCGUCGCAAGCGCAGGCUCGCGUCACGCAUCCGCGACUACGUGCGCGGUCUACUCGCCUUCCUCUUCAGCAAUGUUGGCGUCAUCGUGCUUGUCGUUGCUUAUACGAUUGCUGGUGCAUUCAUGUUCCAAGCGAUAGAGGGUGGCAGUGAGUGGAAGGUGGACAAGCAGAUGUCACGAGAGCGCAACAACUUGACGCAGUAUUUGUGGCAGAACGUCACCCUCGACCUCAACCUCUUCAACGAGACCGCGGUCAAGGAAAGGAUUGGCAGAGAAUUGCGCAACUAUCAGACUAAGAUAGUGAUGGCUGUCCACAAGGGCUGGGACGGUGGCAGAUCCUCGCGGCAGUGGAGCUUCUCAUCAGCAUUCUUGUAUUCCCUCACUGUUAUUACUACCAUAGGUUACGGGCACCUGUCUCCGAAGACUGACUGGGGCAAGGUGGUGACGAUCCUGUACGCACUGCUCGGGAUGCCACUGUUCCUGCUCUAUCUGACCAAUGUUGGUGAGCUGUUGGCGCGAUGGUUCAAGUGUAUCUACGCGCUGGUCUGCCUGUGCAGGGGCUGUCCAGGGUUCACAAGGAGAAGAGCCGCCAGGUUACGGCUUCAGUAUGAGUUAAGUGAAGCAGAGAGUAUAGAGCGGCCGCAAGCGUGGAGGUCGCGGUACCCAGAGUCUGACGUCACGCCGGACUACGUGGUCCCACCGGGGAGGUACCCACCUCCUCGAGGGUAUCCUAGAAGACCAGACUACAUGCGCAGCAUAUCAAUGCCGCAGCCGUACGACCCGCGAGUGCCCCGCGUGGACCCGCGGCGCGGGUGCUCGGAGCCCGCGCGACCCGCAGAGAGCCCGCCCUCCAGUGACUUCAGCUACGUCACGUUCGAUGCUCAGACCAUCACAGUACCUAUCAGUGUCUGUGUGUCUAUUAUGGUUGGGUACAUAAUGUUCGGGUCUAUGAUCUUCGGCAUGUGGGAGAAGUGGGACCAGCUCGACGGAGCCUACUUCUGCUUUAUUUCACUUAGCAGCAUUGGUUUCGGUGACUUCGUCCCCGGUGAGCGCGUGUACACGGCCCGCAUCGAGCCGUCCUUCAUCGUCUGCUCGCUGUACCUCAUGCUCGGCAUGGCACUCGUCGCCAUGUGCUUCAACCUCAUGCAGGAACAAGUGAUGCACUACUACGCGGGUCUCAAGCGAGCUGUGAAGCGACUGGGCCGCUGCAAGAGAUGACAAAGCCUUGUAAAUAUUGUACAUAGACUAGUAUACGCGAAAAUAUAUCAUAUGUUACACUUAAUAAAGACUU